UUGAAACGCAGCGACGGAGCGAAGGAGUGGAGGAUGGAGGAGGAUGGGAGAGCACGUUAUCCCCUUUAAGUGACCCGUAUCUCCCUGCGGACUCCUACUUCAUCCGGGGUUUUGUUGUUUUUCUGCGGAUUUGCUGCGCCACGAUGUCCGCCUCGGCGAUUUUCAUCCUGGACUUAAAGGGGAAGGUGCUGAUCUGCCGUAACUACAUGGGAAGCGUGGACAUGAACGAGAUAGACCACUUCAUGCCGAUGUUGAUGAAGAGGGAGGAAGAGGCGGAGAUGACGCCCCUGAUCACGCACGGAACCACGCACUUCCUCUGGGUCAAACACAGCAACCUUUACUUGGUGGCGAUGACGAAGAAAAACGCCAACGCUGCUCUGGUGUACUCCUUCCUUUAUAAGAUAGUGGAGGUUUUUAAAGAGUAUUUUAAGGAGCUGGAGGAGGAGAGCAUCCGAGACAACUUUGUGACCGUUUAUGAGCUGAUGGAUGAGGUCAUGGACUUUGGAUUUCCACAGACGACAGACAGCAAGAUCCUGCAAGAGUACAUAACUCAGCAGGGGCAUAAGCUGGAGGUGGGCGCCCCGAGACCGCCGGCAACCGUAACCAACGCAGUGUCCUGGCGUUCCGAGGGCAUCAGGUACCGGAAGAACGAGGUAUUCAUGGACGUCAUUGAGUCAGUGAACCUGCUGGUGAGCGCAAACGGCAGCGUUCUCCGCAGUGAGGUCGUGGGGAGCAUCAAACUCAAAGUGGUGUUGUCUGGGAUGCCCGAGCUGCGUCUGGGCCUCAAUGACAAAGUGCUUUUUGAGAUCACAGGAAGAGAGAAGAGUAAGACUGUGGAGCUGGAGGACGUGAAGUUUCAUCAGUGUGUUCGCCUGUCGCGCUUCGAGAACGAUCGCACCAUCUCUUUUAUACCACCGGAUGGCGAGAGUGAACUCAUGUCCUACCGUCUCAACACAACAGUGAAGCCGCUCAUUUGGAUCGAGAGCGUGAUCGAGAAGUUCUCUCACAGUCGUGUGGAGAUCAAGGUGAAGGCCAGAAGUCAGUUCAAAAGUCGAUCAACUGCCAACAAUGUGUCCAUUCUGGUGCCAGUCCCCAGUGACGCUGACUCGCCCAAGUUCAAGACGAGCAUGGGGAGCGCGAAAUGGCUCCCGGAGAAGAACGUGGUGCAGUGGAACAUCAAGUCCUUCCCUGGUGGUAAAGAGUACUUGAUGCGUGCCCACUUCGGCCUGCCCAGCGUGGAGGGCGACGAGAUGGAAGCCAAGAGACCCAUCACUGUAAACUUUGAGAUCCCAUAUUUCACUGUGUCUGGCAUUCAGGUGAGAUACCUCAAGAUCAUAGAGAAGAGUGGUUACCAGGCGUUGCCGUGGGUACGCUACAUCACACAAAGUGGAGAUUACCAGCUCCGGACGAACUAAAGGGCACGGAUCUGCUAGUCCAAUGGAUAUUUUUCCCUUUCUCUGACUCCGCUGUCUGCAGCUGGGGCACAGGGCAAACGGACGAAGGCCAAAGGUGACGUCCAGACCAGAGCGAAGACCUCGACAGGAGACGGACUCACCUCAGACAGAACCAUGUAAACGAGAAAACGGGCGCACUGUGAUUUUGGGGCAUUUUUAUAUAUGUUUGAUUGUUACUGUGUAAAGCGAAUACUGUAUCUAGGGGUUAGCAGUGGUUAACUAGUUUAUGAUGUCAAUUUUUGUUAGUGUGAAGUCCAUAUUUUGGUGAAAACGAGAGUCUGACACCGAAAGAAUACUGUUUAAAAUGCAAGUUAGAGAAAUUAUUAAUGUUGAAACCAUAGACUGUUUAUAUAAAUGGACAUAGCUAACCUGGUAGCCGCCGCGUUCCAAAUCUUAUUCACUUUACAUUGAAAAACUGUGGCCCCUCUCUCUGUAACUGCUGCUGUCAGACUCGUCAUUUUAGUCUUAAAUGUUCGUAUUAACCUGCUCUACAUGAUCCUGUGUUUUUUAUUUCACUAUUGUGUCUGUAAAUCAAGAUAUGAACAUUAACAACAGACAAAUCAGGCGCCUUCUUUCCCUGAGGUUGCUUCACUAGUCUUAGCAACAGGUUUGAUUGACAGCGUUGCUAAGCGGCCACCCCCUACUAAACCAGUGAUGCGGGUGGGAAGGGGCGUUACCUUCAACAGCCUCGCUCUGAAUUGGUUCUUUGGUUGCUAUGAUACUUGAAGUUGGAAUUCCAAAUGUGAAACUCGGCUCCAAAUUGUCCCCUAUAACUGCUCUAACCUCGAUGAGCUUCAUUUGACUGGAGCUGAACACUGUGGGUGACGUCACACUCACUCAGUCCACUUCUUUAUACAGUCUAUGCUUGAAACAAAAUUUGUAAAAAACAUAAAUAUAUAUAGUUUGAUUUCUAAAGGAACAAGACUAACACUGCCGUCCAGGUUCCCUCUUCAUAGUUUUGUUUCCAGAAAAACUCAACUUUUUUUCAUUCUUUGCAUUAUUGAACAAACCAUUCAAGUAAUGUCAUUUUAAAGAUGCACUGUGUAAGUUUUUUGGUGGAAGUUCUGCUCCUUGGAGACGUUAUUGCUUUGCCUGGAAGGUUCCACAGUACGAUAUUAAAGUGCCCAUAUUACGCUGUUUCCUGAUCUCUGUUCUAAUGUUGUUUCCUCGUCACAAACAGACCUGGAGUUCUGUUUUGUUUCAUUCACACAUGUUUAACACACAAACAAACCUGCAUAUUUAGGCUGAGUUCUUCUCUCAAACUAAAAACACUCUGUUCCACCUUGUGAUGUCAUCAUGUGGUAAUACAGGAAGUGCUCCACUGUGUUUUUAAACUCCACACACCUUCACUAGAAUCAUUUGGAUCAUUUCAGACCUGGAAUCUCUAGAGAACUAAAGGUAAAAGGAGCUGUUAACUUGAAAACUACCACUUCAUGACAUCACAAGGUGGAACAGAGCAUUUUGAGCUUUGGAGAUGUAAACAGACUAAUAAUAAAGUGUUACUCAAACAUGUGUGAAUGAAACAAAACACAACUCCAGGUCUGUUUUUGAGGAGGUAAUAGCAAUAGAACAUGGCUUAAAGUUUACAAGAAUCAAUUUUGUGUAAUAUAGGACCUUUAAACAGAUCUAUCCUCAUGGCGACAAGCAAAUUAUGCCAUCAGGCCAAGUUACAGGUCAGAUCUGUGGAGAAGUGACCAUACUUAUACUCAAAACCCCGCAGUUGAAUGAAAUGCAAAUUGAUAAGCUUAGCCAGGCAAAGAAAUAAUCUCACUGAACCCAAACAGGUUACAAAUCACCCCCCAGGAGAAAUUACACAGUGUAUCUUUAACUAAUCCACUUCUACAGCACAAUAGUUUUGCUGGCAGACUUUAUGGGUGACCCUGGACAACUCCAGGUAGAAUUCUUACAUUCUCUUCCUUGUUCUGUUUAAAUUAUACAUGGGUUGCCUUAAAAAUCUCCCAUCUCAUCAACUCAGCACUGUGAACUCAAUCCAACAGUCGUCUGCAAGCUACACCGCCGACUAGAUCAAUGAUUAAUAAGGCGCGAUAUUGUCUGAGGAUCUGGCAACGCAACAUAAUACGACCUACACUCUCCCACGGGGCUUGUAACCUUGUCCACGCUCUCUCCCAAUCAGCUUGUAACUCUGAGGCGAAGACUGGAGAAACGAGCGGCGCUGAAAACAUUGGGUGUUUUCUUCUGUUAAAUUGCUGUACUUGCAAGUUUUAUGGCGAAAAACUCUGAAGGACAAAUAGCUGGGGAAAUUGUAAACUAUUUGGCAACGCUUUAUAAUGACCACACCUACUUUAAAAAGCAUGAACGAAAACUUAAAUCAUAAGUUCCAAUUAGGUUAUUAAGUGAGAUUCAGGGACAGUAACGACUUAAAAAGGAGGUAUUAUGCAUCAAAACUCAUCAAAAACAUGCCUGAAGAGGUUUAAGUUGCCAUCCAUGCAUGUUUGUGUAAUUUAGCGAUCUCUCCUGAGUCCUAUUCAAACUCUCUUUACUGUUAGCUGUAAGAUUCUGUACAAGGCUCCGCCCACAAGCCUACAUCACCCAUACUUCCACACGACAAUUCUCCAUAAAAAUAGAAAAACACUGAUACAAAACUGUACACUACAACUUCACAAACCUGAUGUGAUGUGCAAUAGUUUCAUUAACGCUGAUUGUGAUGUGAUAGCGCUGUGAAGGGGGAGUGACUUAGCACGGGGGGCAAGGUCAGAGCGUCAAAAACCAAAGUGAAACUUAUAAAAUAAUCUAAUACGUUUGGGGUUUUUUUGGGCAUUUUCAAAACAAUAAAAAGAAACAUGUUCUAAAUAUGUUAUGUGUUACAGUUAAUACCCCACAGAAUAAAAUACCCCCUCUUUAAUACCCCAUAGAAGUAAAAUGCCCCCUCUUUAAUACCCCACAGAAGUAAAAUACCUCCUCUUUAAUGCCUCACAGAAGUCAAAUACCUCCUCUUUAAUGCCCCACAGAAGUAAAAUGCCCCCUCUUUAUUACCCCAUAGAAGUAAAAUGCCCCCUCUUUAAUACCCCACAGAAGUCAAAUACCCCAUCUUUAACCAUUACCUAAAACCCCUUAAUUAAGUAAUUACUGACUGUUUCUUCAUUAUUAAUUACGUCUUUGUUCAUGCUUUAUAAAGGCCAAUCAUGGUGUAGUUAUUUUAAAAUAGUCUCAAGUAAUUAAACUGUAUUUUUGCUUUGGGAAUAUAUAUAUAUAUCUUUCUGUUUUAAAAGGCCAACCUCUGCACCUCGUUCUUCCAUCUUUGUUAAACAUGCGCUGCACCUCCCAUUUCAACUGCACUGCCAACAAACAAAACCACGUCGAGAAUUUUUAGCAGCAACGCAACUAUAAAAACCUUUGUAAAAUGGAUUGAACCGCACAAGGAGCCGUACUUUGAUCAGUGUGGGGUUUUUAAUGAAUAAUAAUGAUGUAAUAUUAAUUUAUGGACUUGUUUUGUGACAGGACGCAAAGGGAAAUAUUUGAAAAUAAAGGUUUUGUAUCUUGUUUAAA